CUUACUAUCUCCAAUAAAAGGAAAAAAAGAAAAAAAGAAAAAAAUAAUCUCCAUUGGAUGGUUCCUAGGGUUUGAACGACUGUAGGAGAAGAAAAGGAGGAAGAAGAUCAUCCGUCGACUUUUUCUCUCUUCUCUGCGAUUCAGGUUUGCUAAUUAUCAUCAAUGGCAAGGUUUAUCUGAGACAUUGGCAAGACCGAGUAAUAUAUAAUUGUUAUCUUUGAACUUUUGGCUUUAUAUCUGUGGAUAGGGAUUGAUCUUGUGGGUAAAAAUGGAAACGAAGUUCACAAAGGUAUUGGAUAAUGGCCGUCGAGUUGUGGUUGACUUGAAAAGAAAGCGGGCAGCACGCUGUGAAGCAUAUUUCACUGGCAUAGCACGCAAGGUAUUGUCCCAGCAGACCGCCUUAAACUCUUCCAUUUAUAAGAUGGGAAAGCGGAGGAAAUUGAAUGGAUCCAAAAGCAAGUGCGGUUGUUGUGCUUCUCAUCUAAAAAAAUCUUUACUUCGAUAUUAUUCAAAUUUUUCGAGAAGUGGGAUUCCACAACGUUUGAUGUUUUAUCAGAAUGGUGAAUGGAAUGAUUUUCCUCAUGAUUUGAUUGGAUUGAUUAAAAAAGAUCUUCAGGUGAAGAAGGCAACCACUGAGGUGGAGUUUAAUGGCCGCCUCUUUGUGCUAGAUUUUUUGCAUAUGAUGAGGUUGGACAUGAAGACAGGUUUACAGCAGCCUAUUGCCUGGAUUGAUGAAGCAGGCAAAUGCUUCUUUCCAGAAAUCUUUUCUGCUGAUGAGGAACUCCCUGAGUGCUGCCACCAUGAAUUUGAGAAAGAUGAGGAACAUCUUUUUUCAGAGCCGCAUGGGUACCAGGAUAUCAGGCUGCAGCUUGAGAUUGAAGUGAAUGGAUCAGAUUGCUCUAAGUUUAACGAACAUAGUGGGGAGUCAAAUGCAGUUAAUCAGCAAAUUCAAGUUGAUAAGAAACAUGCCAGCGACCAUUGUGAUGUAGAAGUCGAGGAUAGUUGUGUCAGAGCAUCUGAUCGAAAAGUUGAUGCAGCUGUUGGGGAAAAUCAACAGAUAGAGAAAAACAUGGUCACCGGUAUUGCUGCUAUACAUGGAGAUGUGGAUUAUGAUGCUGUGAGGAAAAUGUUUUUUGCGGGUAUGGGUUCAUUUGCCAAUGCAGACAUUGUUGACAUAUAUCGUGGCUCGAGUACUUCAAUGCAAGCUCGAUUGGAGCUCUUCCACAAGCAAGUUGAAAUCACCAAGAAAUUUCGUGGGGACGCAAAUGUGCAAUAUGCUUGGCUUCCUUGUUCUAAAGGAGUUCUGUCUAGUAUCAUGAUGUAUGGACUUGGGCAUUGUGGAACAUCCAAAAUUAAAUCCACGUAUGGCAUUGGUGUUCAUCUUUCACCUGCAAACUGCACUAUUACAAGUGCAAGCUAUUGUGAUGUUGACGAAAAUGGGGUACGACACAUGGUGUUCUGUCACGUAAUAAUGGGAAAUAUGGAGGUUGUUCAUGCAGGAUCUAAACAGUUCCAUCCAAGUAGUGAGGACUUUGAUAGUGGAGUUGAUGAUAUGCAUACUCCAAGACAGUACAUAGUAUGGAAUGUGAAUAAGAAUACUCAUAUUUACCCAGAAUAUGUUGUUAGUUUCAAGGUCUCUUCUGAUGCUGAAGGGUUACUGGUUGGAAGUGAGAGCAAGCUUGAUAUUUCAGGAGUCACUACCUGUUCUCAGGGGCCUCAGGUCCAGUUACAGUUGGAUCCAUCUCUGGCUCAAUUAGGAAUUAAUAAUUGCCAUCAGGUUCCAGUUGAGAGAUGUCAAGAAAGAGCUUCUAAUCUGUGUUCAAGCAUUACAAGAACUCCUAAUUCCCCUUGGAUGCCUUUGCCAAUGUUGUUUGCAGCCAUCUCAAAUAAAGUCCCUGUUAAUGAUAUGGAACUAAUUGAAACUAAUUAUGAGUUGUUCAGGAGUAAAAAGAUAAGUCGGGAUGAUUUUAUUACGAAGUUGAGGUUGAUUGUUGGAGAUACUUUGCUGAGGUCCACAAUAACAAAUCUUCAGUCUAAGGAAAAGAACAAAAUUCUAUGUGGAAAUGAUGCCAAGCAGUGUUGUGAAAAGGUUGAAUUUGGUGUGGAUCAGGUAAUGUCAAAAUCUAAGAAUGAAUUGGGUGCAUCUAAACUGGUAGAAAGUUCGGGUGGCCUCUAAUUGAUCACAUCUCUACUUUUGGUAUGGUCUGUUUGGCUCUUUAAAGACUGCUGUUUUUUCAUGUAUCCGAAGGCUACUUGAUGUUUUUGUGCUAGAAAUGCGUCGACGUGAAGAUGUGAAUAUUUGGGUAGACCUGCUUGAAUAGCUUCAGGUUUGAAGUAUUAUGGAAACUGGUUUAAGUUUUUCCUUCCCUUCUUUUCUUGAUAUUAAACAAUUAUCCCCGGCUUAGUGAACUGAUAUAUUGUGAUUGGUGGAACUCCUUUUUGAUUUGCAGUUAAUAUUUAUCUGUUUGUGAUUCUUCCAUUUGUUA